UCGUAGCGAGUGAGAGGAAGAAAGAAAUAAGAAUAGGAGGAGGAGGAGGAGGAGAGAGAUCAGAUGGCGUUAAAGGUACCGGCGGUUGCAUUCACGUCUGUGGUACACACGCUCGGAAUUGCGGCUUUAGUCUUGGUGUUGGUUUGGACCAUUCAUUUCAGAGGAGGUUUGGCAUGGGAAGCUACCAACAAGAACCUCAUCUUCAACCUCCAUCCUGUUCUCAUGUUACUUGGCUUAAUUAUCUUGGGAGGAGAAGCCCUUGUUAGUUACAAAUCACUGCCUUUCAAUAAAAAGAUGAAGAAAGUGAUACACUUGGUUCUUCAUGCUCUCGCAUUGGCUCUUGGGAUCAUUGGUAUUUAUCUUGCGUUCAAGAACCACAAUGAGAGUGGAAUUGCCAAUAUGUACAGUUCGCACGCCUGGAUUGGAAUUGGGGUGAUUGUUCUCUAUGGAAUUCAGUGGAUAUAUGGAUUCGUGACCUUCUUCUUCCCUGGAGGGAGUCCUACACUGAGGAGGGAGUCUAUUCCAUGGCAUGUGGUGUUUGGAAUCAUCGUGUACGUACUGGCUGUCGGCGAUGCUUCAUUAGGGUUCUUAGAGAAGCUCACAUUCCUCGAGAGAUCGGGACUCGAUAAAUUUGGGACCGAGGCCUUUCUCGUCAACUUCACCACCAUCAUCACAGUAUUGUUCGGAGUCUUUGUUAUACUCUCGGUAAUUUCGGAAGCUCCACCUCCCGUAGAAGAUUACUACAGCUAUUCUUCUAUUCGAUGAUACAAGGACUGAAGCUGUGAAGCAUGCAUGGCAGCAUGGGGUUUCUAUAAUUUUAUGUAUACAUAAUAAGACAUGCAUGCGACCACAUUUAUCCAUAACUAUUGGAAUGCCCCUCUAUUUAUUUCUAUUAAUUAAUUGGGAGAGGGUGUAAUUUAUAUGGAAAUAAUUAUAAGAUUUCGAGUGUUGUAUUUUA